AAAGACUACCCUCCAAUACCCCUUCAGUUCAGUAAAUAGACAGUCAAAAUGGUUAUGCGUACGAGAGCUGAAAAGAAUAUGAGAAAGCACUUAGUUGCUCAACUCAAAGCCAGAAAAAUCUUAGGAGCUAGAGUAGCACAAGGUGACAAAUCAGCUGAAGAAUUAGACAAGUUAGGCUUUGCACCACAAAUCUUCUUAUUCAAAAACUUAUUCUCGGGACAAGUAUUAUAUUCCAAAGUUCCAGCUUACCAUCAAGAUCAAAUCGAUGAACAGUUUGUUGCACCAAAUUGGCAAAAUAGAAAGCCUUCACGAAGAAACGAUUUGUGGAAAAUAAUGUGCAUUGCCAAUUUUGCCAAUUUUGAAUACUCAAAUGCAGCAUAUGAAGGUUUGGUUCAAUUAAGAAAAGUUAGAGAUGUUGAACAAAAGAAAGAAGCACAAGCAAUGAGAAAAAAGAAUGACGAUGGAAAUAUUUGGUAUUCCGGUCAAUAUAGACCAACUUAUUCACAAGAAGCGGUUGCUGAUUUGUCUCAUGUAAUUGAUGAAUUUCAAUUAGAGGAUACUAAGUUGUUAUGGGAAAAUGAUUGGAGAAGAGGUGAUGAUAAAUAUUGGAGAGAAGACUUAGUAGAACAUUUUAAUUUACCUACUUAUAAUCCAAAAUAUCAAACUGUUAUGUUAGAUUUAGUAAGAGAAAAGGCUCGAGCUGAAUUUGAAGCAUUAAGACAACAACAGGAAAAUAGUGAGGCUCAACAAAGCUAAGUAAAUAACCAUUUGUAAAUAGAAUUUAGCUGUACAUAGAAAUGUGGCUCAUUUUGAAACAACAAAAUUAUUG